AUGGCUCGUAGCAGCGCCUGCAAGACUUUGGCUGCGUCAUGCGUCUUCUUGCUGGCGGCCUGUGCGGCGGCAUCGCACGUCAAGGGAGCCCCAGCAGCCAUCGAGAGUCUAAGCUUGGAGGAGCUUGAUGGCCAGCUUCAGACAUGCCCCGUCAUCCAGGAACUCAACGCCGCCAAGCGGGCGCAUUUCGAAACCGCGCCCUCCUCCCUCACGACGAAGCUCUUCUCCGUGCUCUUCCCCGGCUCGCCCGCCGUCAACGCCCUCCUCGCCACGCUCUACAUCUCCGGCCCGCCCAACUUCCUGCUGGCCCUCGUCCCGACCAACAUCGACCCUUCCUCGCUGUCCGUCAUGGUGGCCUUUGCCGUGGGCGGGCUGCUGGGCGACACGCUCUUCCACCUGCUGCCCGAGAUCUUUGUCGGCGAGGACGAGCCGGACAGGGCCCGGUUUGUGCUCGUCGAGCCGAACCGCAACCUCAUCCUCGGACUGGGCAUCUUGGUCGGCUUCAUGACGUUUGUGGCCAUGGACAAGGGACUGCGGAUUGCGACGGGUGGCGCUGGACACGAUCACUCCCACGGACAUUCGCAUGAUGAGGGACGUGUUGCGAACGCGGAUGUCGGCAUCUCCACGGGGGCAAACACGCUCAAGAACGAGGCUAAAUCGCGAAAGACGAACAAGGGCGACAAGCAGAGCCGAGUCGACGAGUCGAAGCAGCUCAAGGAGAUCAACCCCAGCGUAAAGCUAGGAGGCUAUCUCAACCUAAUCGCCGACUUCACCCACAACAUCACCGACGGCCUCGCCAUGUCCGCCAGCUUCUACGCCUCCCCCACCAUCGGCGCAACCACCACCGUCGCCGUCUUCUUCCACGAGAUCCCCCACGAGGUCGGCGACUUUGCCCUCCUCGUCCAGUCCGGCUUCUCCAAGCGCGCCGCCAUGGCCUCCCAGUUCGUCACCGCCAUCGGCGCCUUCAUGGGCACCCUCAUCGGCAUCGCCGUCCAGGAGUUUGGCUCCGGCGCCGGUGACGACGGCGAGAGCAUGGCCCGGAACGCGGGUCUGUGGGGGACGAGCCUUACAUGGGGCGACAUGUUGCUGCCUUUCACGGCCGGAACUUUCUUAUACGUCGGCACCGUCGCCGUCAUCCCGGAACUGCUAGAGACUGGUCCCAACAAGAUGCUAGAGCUGCGCAAGACGCUGACGCAAUUCACAGCCGUUGCUGUCGGCGCGGGCAUCAUGCUGUACAUUUCAUGGCACGAGUAA